AUGGCUGGCGACGACCCCUUUGCCUUCUUGGCUAGUACUCCUGCUGUCCCCGAGAGCAAGCCCGCUGGAAAGAGGUCUCUUUGGAAGGAAAAAUUCUUCAACAGAGAUAAAAACAGAUCCUCUACUGACCAGCAAGUCGAGGCUUUCUUGGGCCCAACUCGCACCGCGUCCCAAUCCCAAGGCUCGUCUGCGACUCCCCGUUCCACCGCUUCGAAAUGGCCCUCACCACAAGAGGUUAUCAAUGCCUCGGCAGGCAGCGACUCUGCACAUUACACCAUGAUGCCACCCAAGAAGAAGAAUCCUGCCCGGCAGGGUUUAAAGGUGUCGUUCACCACGGCAACGCCUGAAUUGAUUGGAGAGGGUGGUGAUGAGUCCGAUGUUCCUACCAUUGAAGUCUCGAUACAGCGCAAACGCGCCCGGAGUCAAAGUCAAAGCGUGCCUCAAACCAACGAUAUACCUGCUCCACCGGAACCGGUACCUCACAAAGAGGGAACGCCACAGUUGCGAGUUGAUACAUCAACCGUCGGUCCAAAUCCACCUGAUGUUACCAGAAUCAUCCCAGAUAGCAAGCCACCCCUCUUGCAGAACCCCCAGGAUGCGGAUUUUCUCAUGACGCUUAGUUUGGGCGAGCGCGGGUCUCGUCUAUCCUUCCGAGCAUCGCCAGAAUCCAAUACGUUUGCUCAGCGUGUCCGCCAAAAGAUGCAAUUAGAAGAAGGCCGUGCCUUGCAGACCCGCUUCGAAGACGAUCCUCCCUCCCCAGCCGAAGAGGAAAUACCACCUGCAAGUGACCAACGACCAGGGUCGCCCGCCAGCGUCGGUUCUCUCUACGAAACGCCGCCCUUCUCCGCCAUAGACCCAACUCCGCCAGCCAACAAUGCCCUUCAAGGGUCUCCCAGCCAGGGAUCCGACAGCGUGCCACCAGAACCUCCGGUCCACAAGGAACCCACGCUUCCGUUUGGGAUCAAGCCCGCGAACACUGGCAUCCUGCACCGCACACCGACAAAGGCUGUCAAGGCACAGCCUAAGAUAGAUGACGAUUCACCCAGCGAAACAAGUAGUCGUCCCACCACCCGUGAGACCCACGAAGGUCGUCCCACCACGCGAGACAGCAAUGCAUCCCCGUACCAACCACAGGCGCCGCGCAUUUCGAUGCGAGCAGUUGCCAAUCAGGCUGGCGAUGCUGCGUUUGUCGAGUUCCAACAAUAUGUGGCACGCUACACCAAUUUGUUCAGAAUGUCGGCAGAGAGUGUUAAGCCUCUCAUGGAGACCUCUUUAGCGGAAUGGAUGAGGGCCGCUGUGUGGUGGUUUCUACAAGGGCGGAAGGCACUCGAAGCCUAUGCACGUUCCCGCGGGCCCGCUAGCCCAGGAGGCGGCUCGACAAUUGACGCGCGACAAGCAGUCCUGGACCUGGGGAAAUCGUUGUGGAUCAAUGAGGCCAUCUUCACCCAGCACGAGGAACUCACUCGGUAUGGCGCAUCAAGCGUCGACGCGUUGCAAGAGAUUGUCAUGAGCACGGGCGACAAACAGAUGGCGGAUGUUCUCGGUUUACACCAGGGAAUUCUCAAUCACCUGCGCUCACUGUCCAUGUCGAUCAAGAAAAACAAUAUUCUUGCCAAGAUCGUCGCGUCCGAAGCUUUCGAGCCCGGUGAUAAUCUCGAGAGCAAUGUCUGGCUGCGGUACCCGUUCUUUGCCCCUGACGUAUCUGCCGUCCUUUCGGGAGCCGCCUCUCGCUCCAUGCUAGUGGAUCGUUCCGGAGAUGGCCCUAGUAUGUUCACGAUGAUGCCUCUUGGUGAUACCCCUCGUCAUUUCAGUUACGGAACGAUGUUUGUCGACGUAUAUGUGAGCUCCGCUGAAGACGACACCCAGCAAUUCGCGGUUCCCUGUGCGUUGUCUAUCCUUCGUGAGCGCACGGACUGGUAUGUUUUUGCUGCCAUCAACAGUCAGAGUGACUUGGUCAAUGUGAUGAUUCAGUCGGAUCGAAAGAAGGGUCCCACCUGGGAUGAUGUGGAAUGGCAGGUUCGCUCAAACUCCAUGCGGGUCCGGUUGCCCCGUGGUUUUGAAUUGGAUGUCAUGUUCCAGGAAGCCGAUUUCAAAAUGAUCUGGAAUAUUGUCAAGUACACUAUGAAGACGGAGGACAGUCUGAAGCCCGAGGCGGGUGAAAGGGUCAUUUUCGAAAGUACCCUCAAGGUUUUUCAGUACAUGGAUCCCGGCAUGCCCAAGGCAUUCCCCGCGGAGCCCAUCGAACGAUGUCGGUUGCGGCUGUUUGAGCGAUCGACCACUGUGACUGAAGGCACUGGCACGCGGAAUGUCCACCAAGGAUUCCGGAUUACCGUGCUUACGAGCCCCAAGGUGAAGGUCCUCAGCAACGCUCGUCAUAUCCUGGGAUACGGAAGUCCCGUGGUAUUCGGUCUGCUGCGCGGUGAAGACGGCGCGCCUGCCUUUGUGCUCAAGGUCACCGAGGAGGGCAGGACCCGGUCCAUGUUGAUGACGUUCCACGACGUCCAGGAGCGCACAAUGAUGCAUUCGCUUCUCCUGGGCGUGCUGGCUAAGCAGAAUGAACACAAGACUUCCGAUGUGCCCAUUCGCGCGUUUUCUAUUGAACAACCAUAUGACAGAGUCAGUGGUCGAGCAGCAAUUAUUCAUCUUCAAUUCUCGGCUGGGACUGUUAUUGUGAUUGACCAGCAGCCUGGUAUGGUGGAGCACCAGUAUGGCCCCACUAUUCUCUCAGAGCAUCUGCGGGCUCUCAUUACUAGUGAAUGGGGGUCUGUUACGGAUCGAAUCAAUUUGGGUCCUGGCGAACUGAAGCUGGGCCUGGAUGUCAACAACAGAACAGGAUUGAGCCUGUACCGCCCUGCACAGCAAGAUUUGACUCUUUCGGUAGCCGAGAACCUCGUCCGUCCUGAAAUGCCCGGUAGCCUGAGCGAUUUUCUGCAGGCGGCAAUGGUCAAGCCGAUGAUUCGACGGUUUGACUUUGCCUCGUUAGCUGCUCUCCAUGACUUCGAAGCCGCCGUGACUGGGUUUAGAGUACUCUACGACAGCAUUGCUACAUCGUUUAUUAUUUCCCGCCGUCGAAUGGUUGUGCCAAUUCACAAGAAGUGGGAAGCAACUCUUACCCGAAUCCAGAUUGUCCGGCAAGAAAAGGUCUUUCAGCUGUUGGCAUUCUUCAAUGACUUUCCCCACGGCAAAUGCAUGAACUGGGUCCUCAAGGGUACGGACAACAUGGAGAGUUUUAUGCGGUCUGGGAAGUUCUGGAUCCGCUUUGUCGAUGCCAAAUUCGCCCUGCCUAGGAAGGAUGACGAUGCGUCUGCGGAUUUUGUUUGUUUGGACAUGCCGGAAUACCCCAUUGAGCAUGAUGAUAUCUCGAUUGCCUUUGAUUCUGAAACUGAUCGCGCAAAUUUCCAAGCAGCCGUUCCUGGAUCUGUCCGCGAACCAUCGAGAAUGGGAUCUCUUCGACGGUGA